UGCAUUUGAACUCUCAUAUUAAAGAUUGAUAAUUUAUGAAUAACUCUAUAAAUAAAUGAAAAAUGAAGAAGUGAUCAAUCUAACAUGAUUCUGAACAUAUCCAACGAUUUAAUAUAUCCUAUCAGCUUAAAAUUCAAAAUUACCCUAAAAAAUAUCCCCGUGUAAAAUACGAAAAUAACCUAUAGUAAAUGCCCUGUGCUGGCCUUGUUUCAAUUUAAACAUUAGGUCGUGUUAACUCUUGACCCCUCUGUUUCUCUCUCCCACUAAAUUUAAUGGCAUGAGCUGAAGCACCCAACAAAUUCUACUCACUUUUUCUCUGUCGUUUCUUACAUGAAAAAUCAAACACAACAUUAACUACUCUGUCUUCUUGUCUCUUCCAAAGCUUCCCCUCUGAUGAUUUCUUCAUCAGGUCUCUUCGUUUUAAGCAACAGCCAUUGAUGCUUCAUCAGAACUCUGCAACCCAUAGACAUUCUCUUUGUUCAACAUUCAAACUCUAAGUACAUACAAAUGAGGUGUAAGAAACAUGUUACUGACAUCAGUAGCAGCGUCGGCGUCUGCGCCAGUUGUCUCCGGGAGAGACUUCUGGCGCUCGUCGCCGCUCAGGGUCAGGCACAGGUUCAAGCCCGACAGGCUCAAUUAACUUUCCCUGGUGCUGAGGAUCGUAGGAAAACUGACCCGCCUCCGCUUAUUUUCCCUCGGUCCGUUUCUCCUUACGUCAGCCGACGGAAAUCUGACGACAACAGUGCCACGUGGAUCCACCACCAGGGAUUCUACAGUACUCCUCAGGUGGCCCCCACGUACAGCACGACAACCACCACCGAUUUUGAAGCCGCCAGAUCUUUCAAAAAGAAAAACAGGUUCUCGGUUUUUUCGAACCUGUUCGGGUCGAGACCCGAGAAAUUCAAUUUGGAUCUCGGGGUUCAUGAUCAUCGGGACUCGUGCGAGGACCCAUCAUCGUCAUCGUCAUCCCCCUCUUGGUUCUCGACAAUCUUUGCUGUUCGUCGGAAAAAGCAGCAAUCUACGAGGACAUCUCAUGUAGAAUUUCGCCAAUUCGGCCCUGGCGAUCGGAGAUCAUGUAGGAUCAUUGACCGGGGAAUGUCACCGGCGAUUGAAGCGAAUUCGGGAGACGAGUGUGAUCGAUCGCCAUCGGGAAGCUCACCGGAAGUUUCGCCGCAGUGGAAGAUGACACCAACGGCGCCGAGGAGAGCGAGGACCGGGCCUAAAAACGUGUCGGCAUUAGCGUUUUGCUUGAGCCCACUCGUCAGGGCUAGUCCGAACCGGCACUGGGACCAAAAGGGUGGACUGCCGUCUGACGUGUCGUUUACAGGCGAAAGUAGGUCGCCGAUGAAGCCCCACCUAGCCACCGCUUCGGGAUUUUGCGCGAAUAGGUCCAGAAAGCUUGCUGAUUUCGGCAGAGUCAAUCAUAACCGUUGAAUACGGUUAACAGUUGACAAUGGACGACAGUGAUUGUGAAAAUACUAAAGAUAUUUAUCAUCAAACUACGGUUUGGCCAUUGCUUUUCUUCAGUUUUUUACUCUCUGUGAUUCGUAAAUUAUUAUUUUUUGUAAAAUGACAAAAAAAAUGAUUAAUUUUUCUUAUUGUACAAUUUAUCACCUGACAUCUA